UAGGAUGUGUUAGUUUGAAGAUGAUGUAUCAUGCACGUCUACCAGUGAGUUUAUGCAUGAGAACCUCAUCUAAUUGCUCCGACUUACAUAAUUUCAUUCUGCUCAUUUGAACAGCACAUGUCACCACGUUGGUAUAUUCAGAAUUUCGAUCAGCGUGGAGCUCGUAUGAUUCAUUUAUCCUAUCAUGAUGAAGAACAUUACAAUAGUCUACGUUCCAAGGAAGACCUGUGUGAUGGACCAGCUAGGCCAAUUGUUAUAAAGGCUGAUGCUACUCUUUCUCAAGUGAAAGCUGCUUCAAGCAAGUCCAACGGCUUAGUUCUGGGCAACAAAGCUGAUUCAGGAUCCGUCAAAGUAGUAAUGGCAGGAAGUGGAUGUGAAAAUAUUGAAAAAGUUGAACAGGUCUUAUUGCAAGUACAUGGUGAUGUUGAUGCUGCAAUAGAGUAUCUAAUAGCAGAACGAGAAUCAGAAAACUACUCAAUAGACAAUGGUUCCCUUCCAUGUCAAGCACACAGUUUUUCUGAAAAUCUAGGAGAUGAUGUGGAUGGAAGAUGUGACCAAAGCCUGGAAGAGUUAUCAAAUAAGACCCGCAAGCACGAGCAUCUAAUAGUCCUGUCAAAGAAAGCACUAAAGAUACUAGCUCAAAGACAGAUGAUAAGAAGAUACCAAGAAACAAGGUCUGUCCAUGUGGAUCUAAAAAGAAGUACAAGUCUUGUUGUGGAGUGGCUAAGGGGAGAUCCUCUUCUAUGAUAAUGCGGUAUGCUCUUUGGCUUAGCUAACAAUGUGUCUGAAGUUGGGAUCUUAGAUGGUUUGGUCCUUCGGAAAAUGUUGCUUACUUUCUAAAUGGAGUAUAUUUUCUCGGUCUCUGAACUAAUUAUACUUGGCAGGAACCAAGCAAUUGAAACUGGUUGUGGAAGGGUUAGAAAGGACAAGAAACAAAACAAGAAAGGAGGACAUGCUGAAUCUCUGCCUUCAUGUGGAUCUGAAAAUGGACCACUUGACAUGGGCGCCCUUUGUAUAUAAACUCGAGUUUCAUGUGAGUAAAUUAACCCAUUCCUGCUGCUCUUCCAAUAUAAUGACAAUUUUGGCUUAAGGCCUCAAAGAAGUUUGCUUCUCACUCGAUUAAGCUUGACAUAUGAAAUGUGAGCAUAGAUGCGAUAAAUUGCAGGAACUUUUAAUUUACUCUUUGAACUGUUGAUAGAGGAUCUAAUUCCAUGUCAGAUUGAUAGGUCUAUUGGGUUUGUUGCUUUGCAUUCUUAGGGGUCAGAACCUCGACCUUAAAUUCAGCAGCAAUCAUUCAGCCACAGAUGCAAGAUCCCUUAUACACCGGCAGUCACACUUGGAGAAGUAACAAAAACAUGGUAAGAAAGAUUGGAAAAGGAGGGUGCUUCGAAGAAAAUGUUGGCCGUCGAAUCUCUCUCUUCUUGCAAAGGUAUGCUGUGCUGUGCCGUGCCUAAGGACUUCGAUUUAUGCUGUGCAGUGUGUAACCAUGUUCAUAGGGUCAGAACUGGUGAGUAAUUAGUUGAAUGAAGGCAUGGAUCACCUUGAGCUCGGGAAGUAUUAGAAGCACUGGCAUGUAUCCAAAACACCAAUGGACAAUUUUAUUACGGUUGAGGUUUUGUAGUAUAUCAAAUGAGUCGCUCUGUAUUAUUUUUGUAAUGUGGUUAGGCUCUCACUUAUAUCUGUCUAAAUGAUGAGCUUCAUGCAAUUGUCAGCAGUUAGUGAAUGAUAAUUCUGCUGGGAUCCAUUUGAAGUUGAAAUUUCUGAUCAGUGGAGUGAUUUUGUGAUCCAAGGGGCCGGUUCGACCCGACUUGUUUUGAGCCGGAAUUUUCCUCCGCACAAGCCGCAUGAGGCUGGGCAUAGGUUCUCCGUUUGCCUCUCCCAAUUCUCAUUCUAAUUCUGUCUAAGGUAUCGUUUGCUUGUGGGAUUUGGGUGAUGGAUUUGGUACCCAAAUCCCAAGCAUAAUGGAAUUGGCACAAGUCCAUUGUUUGCUAAGGGACACAAAUCCGUGGGGCCCACGGAUUUGGACCCAUUUUUUAGAUCCAAAUCCGUGGACCCCACGGAUUUGCAAAUCCCACAUUUCAUUUGGGAUUUGAUAAUGGAAGGCAAAAUGUGAACAAAUCCAUCAUGAAUCUAUUACAAAAAUAAACUACACAAACAAUGUACUCUUCCAAAUCCAUAAUGCAACAAAUCCAUCAUAAAUCCAAAGGUUUUGA